AACGCCAUCGUCUUCUUUCGAUUCUAGGGUUAGGGUUUCAGAAAGGGAGUAGGAGCCAUGUACAACGGCAUCGGCUUGCAAACUGCUCGGGGAUCGGGCACCAAUGGCUACGUGCAAUCCAACAAGUUCUUCAUCAGGCGAAGGCAAACUCCGUCUCCCUCCAGCCUCCCUUCCGCCUCCAUCGCUGAUCCUGGCGCCAAGAAGGCUAACAAGGAGAUCCUUGAGCACGAUCGCAAGCGCCGCAUCGAGCUCCGCCUCGUCGUCCUUGAGGAAACCCUUGCUGAUCAGGGAUACACCCAAGCUGAGAUCGCUGAGAAGCUCCGGGAAACUCGCGCCGCCCUCGAGACUGCCCCUCUUGAUAACCCUCCUGAGAAAGAGUUUGCUUUCCUCCAAUACUUCAGGAUCUCAGAUACACAGACCCAUCAAAUUGCUGCACGGAAAGAAAAACAGCUUGAAACUUUCAGAGCUGCCCUUGGUAUCAAACUUGGUGAUGAAUCCCCCAAGCCUGACACUGAAGAGCAAAGGCAUCAGGAUAAAGCCCAAGUUUUAGAAACUGAAGAAAGUGGUGGUGAGAAAGACAGAGAACAGAUGAAAUUAACCGAUGGUAAACAAGACCAUGGUGACAGAGAGAGGGAGAGUAGCAAGAACGCAAGAGCAACAGAAGAACACAAAAGUAAGGAUGAUUUGCAUGACAAGAAGAACCGGGAAAAGAAAGCGAAUGAAGUUGAACACAAGAAGAUGGAAACUAAAAAAGGAAGAUACAAGGAUGUUUCUGCCUCUGAUAGUAGCGGAGAAGAUGUUAAAAAUGACAAGAUGAAACCACCCCGAAAUUCUCGGGGGCUUGAUUCCCGUUAUGACACUGAUAUUAGGAGAAGCAAGAAGAGCUCAAAAGUUUCUGAGAAGGAUAAAAUCUCCAGUUACCUUGAUAGUAAUGAGGAUUCUGACUCCAGCAGUGAGUCUGGUGGGGAAAGGACUAGAAAAUCAAGGAAGGUUGCGAAGCAAAGGAAAUAUGACAGUGAUUCAGGAACAGAUGGAGACAAUAAAAGAAAGAGAGGCAAUGUGAAGGAGAGACCAUCUAGCGGGAGAAGGUAUGAUCAUGAUAAAUCUGAUUCUGGCCAUGACUCAGGCAGGGAAAAUACUAGAAAAUCAAACAAGUAUGUUAAGCAACGAAGAAGGUAUGACAAUGAGUCUAAAAUAGAUGAAGAUGCUAAGAAGAAAAAGGGGCAUGCCAAAGAGCUACCUUCUAGGAGGAGGCAUGAUUCCGAUAGUGAUUUUAGCAUGGAUGAGACCAGAAAAUCAAGGAAGGUUGUCAAAAAACAAAGGAGAUAUGAUAGUAGUAGUUCUGAAACAGAUGAAGAUGAUGGAAGGAAGAAAGCCCAUGUCAAUGAAACUUCUAGGAAGAGAAGGCAUGAUUCUGGUGAUUCAGAUUCUGAUAGUGAUGAUUCAGGAAUUGGCAAAGGGAGAACAAGUAAACAUUACAAUGACAAAAGGAACAAAAAUGACUCUGAAACUGUCCAGGAAAAGAGAAUCACAAAUAAUAAGAAAAUACUGGAGAAGUCAAGACGGCAUGAUUCUGAAGAUUCAAGUUCUGGUGCUGAUUAUACUGAAAGUCAUAGUUCAGAUUCUAUUAGUGAUGGUGAUUCUAGUGAUGCUAGUGAUUCUAGUGGCUAUAAGAGGAUGGAUGCUAAAAAUGGCAAGAGGUUGAAGUCUAUUGUGGAAAAAGAUAUGAGUUCUGGAAUCAGCAGAAGGGAUGAUCGGAGGACAAGCAAGAUUACUAAUGAAGAUAGGAAUAGAGAUCACUCAAGUCUAUUGAAGAAAAGUGAGAAGAAUCGUCAUGUUGAAAUGAAGAAUGAUAGGAAGGAAGUUGGUGAUAAGGAGAAUCAAGCUGCACAGGGAAAGAGGAAAAUUGAUGAUGGGCGUGAUGAUCUACCAGUUUUGGAGUCAAGACAUUCUGGCCUUGGAAAAUCAGAGAAAAUGAAAGAGAGUGUGGAGGCCAAGAAAGACACAUAUAAUAGAGAUCAUAGGACUCAUCAUGAAAGACGAGAUAACCAGAAGAGAGAUGAUUACAAAUAUCAUGGAAACUCUCAAAAACAUUAUGAUGAAGAUGAUUAUGGCCAAAGACACAAGAGUAGGGAUGACAGGAGUAGGGAUGACAGGAGCCACACCGAUCCCAAACGGAGAAAACUUGAGAGUUCUAGACAGUAUGCAAGGAGUAACAGAUAUGACAGUGACUCUGGUGAAGAUUUAAAGUCACACAGGCAACGUUGAUUCAUAACUAAGGUGAGUUCUUUCUGUUCAUGCUGUAGCCUUUCCAAUGUGCAAGCAUAAAGAAUGAUGAGCUUAGAGGCUGAGCUUUAGAUAUAGUGCACUUUUGCAAACAAGUAAACUAUAUACUACAGUACAAUAGUGGGCAAGUAAAGAAGAAGACAUGCAAGGUGCUGUUUUUUACUGUGAUGUUGCGGCAUUUCCUAUUUUUUUUCUUAAAAAAUCUUUUGUUUACUUUUAUAUAUGUUGUUUUUGUGAAGAUUCAUUAUAUUGUCGUAUUCUUUGUACUAAGUUUUGGUUUAUAUCUUCUUCUCUCAUUGCUGCAAUGGAGAGAUGUUGUCAUUUUUAGCUCUUUCAACAGUGCAGUAAGCAUUGGAAGCAAUCAAGAUCUUUAAAUUCUUUUAUA